AUGAGGUUUCAACUGACCGUGGCGCUUUUGCAAGCAGCCCUCUCCGCCAGUCUCGUCCAGGCUCAGAACUCUUCCUUCGAUGAUACACACAUCUCCCGGAUUCCCGAGAAAGAGGUUACAGCCCUCGCUCAAAUCGUGCCUCUGCCAAUCCCGCCGGUCAAGGAACCUACCAAAAAAGUCAUCAACCCAGUGACAAACAAAGAGAUUUGGUACUACGAGCUUGAGAUCAAGCCCUUCACUCAGGCGGUCUAUCCUAACUUGCGCCCUGCAACGCUGGUGGGCUACGACGGCAUCUCCCCGGGUCCGACACUGAUUAUCCCUCGAGGAACGGAGUCUAUCGUUAGAUUUAUCAAUAAUGCCGCUGCCGAGAACUCGGUUCAUCUUCACGGAUCCUACUCUCGCGCCCCUUUCGACGGUUGGGCGGAAGAUAUCACCAACCCAGGGGAGUACAAGGACUACUAUUAUCCCAACCAACAGUCUGCGAGACUGCUGUGGUAUCAUGAUCACGCAAUGCAUCUUACCGCUGAAAAUGCGUACAUGGGACAGGCCGGAGCCUACCUGAUCACGGAUGAGGCAGAGAGCCUUCUCAACCUGCCUUCAGGCUACGGCAUUCAUGAUAUCCCUCUUGUUCUCUCUGCGAAGCAAUACAAUGAGGAUGGUACCCUGUUCUCAACCAAGGGGGAGACUGAUAGUCUAUGGGGCGAUCUUAUCCACGUCAAUGGUCAGCCCUGGCCAUUCCUCAACGUCGAGCCAAGAAAAUACCGGUUUCGUUUUUUGAACGCAGCUGUCUCCCGCGCCUUUGCACUAUACCUGGUCAACUCUAAUGCUGUGAACGGAAAGCUGCCGUUUCAGGUCAUCAGCUCCGACAAUGGCCUCUUAGGGAAGCCAGUGCAAGUUGCAGACCUUUACGUCUCACCAGCUGAGCGAUAUGAGAUCAUCAUCGACUUUGCUCAGUACGCUGGCCAAAGACUCGAAAUCAGAAACUUCCCCAAGGCUGGCGGGAUCGGCGUCGAGGAUGACUACUUGCACACCGACAAAGUAAUACAGUUCGUCGUCGGCACGACCUUAUCUAGCCCCGACACAUCAAGCGUUCCAGACGUCCUUCGCACAGUUCCUUUCCCAACAUCAGCGGAUAACGUCAUUGACCACCAUUUCCGCUUCCAUCGUACCAACGGCGAAUGGCGCAUCAAUGGUGUGGGCUUCGCCGAUGCGGAAAAUCGCGUUCUCGCAAACGUCCCCAGAGGCAAAGUCGAGAUUUGGGAGCUUGAGAACAGUUCUGAUGGUUGGUCUCAUCCCAUUCACGUCCACCUCGUCGACUUCAAAGUCAUCGCUAGAGACGGUGAUCGUGGUGUGAUGCCCUACGAAGCGGAGGGUCUGAAGGAUGUUGUAUGGCUGGGCAGAGGCGAGUCAGUCCUCGUUGAGGCACACUACGCCCCCUGGGACGGUGUUUACAUGUUUCACUGCCAUAACCUGAUUCACGAGGACAGUGAUAUGAUGGCCGCUUUCAACGUCACUGUUCUUCCAGAGUUUGGAUACAACGAGACCAAGUUCAUUGAUCCUAUGGAAGCACGCUGGAGAGCGAAGCCGUACGUCAUGGCCGAUCUGCGCACUCGAGCUGGACCGUUUUCCGACUCUGCCAUUGAGGAGUCAGUCCAGGCCAUGGCCGCUACCGACCCGUACAGCAAAGUUGACGACGUGUAUAAGAACCUUGAUCAGUACUGGGCAUCGCAUGUAAGUAAUUAG